GGCGAGUGCGCGCGUGUGUCGCGGGGGCGCGGGCGGGGACCGCCAUAUUGGAUCCGGACUCGUCCGCGAGCCUCSGCUGCGUGCGGUGCCGACUGGAGCGGCCUGGCGGAGUCCCGGGCGCGAGCGCGAGAGGAGCGGGAAGGCGGGGGAGGCUGGGAGGGAAAGGAAGGGAGUGGUUGGGAGCCGGGCUGCGGCAGCCUCUGGUCUCCACACCAGCAGCACGGACCCCUCCUCCUGCGCCUUAGCCUCCUCCCUCCUCUCCAAGGAAAGAUGCCCUUAACCCAGGGGUGUGAAGAAGGGGGAGAAGUAGCCGCCGGAGCCGCUCGCGACGCCGCAGCUGCUGCCGUCCGUGUCCUUUGAAUCCAGAAGAGCACCCCCCUCGCCCASGGGCAUCGGGAGGUUCCGGCGCGGCGGCCGCGGUCCGGGUGCGGGGGACACCGGGCUCUCCGCCAGGCGCGGCGCGGCCCGGCCCGGCCCGCGAGCGACCACCGACAUGGAGCGGGCUCCGGCGGCCAAGUAGCCGCUGCUCCCGGAGCCCGGGUGGGAGAGCCGCCCGCAGCCCGCCUUCCUAAUCCCGGCCGUGCCGCCGGUCAGGCCCCUGGGAGAAGCCGGGAGAAAAAAAUGAAGAGUUUUCGCCGGAAUCASUUGGAAAUAGGACUAACUGCAAAGCCUUAAAAAGAAGGACCUCGGGAGGAGAAAGGAAAAGCCUCCUCCGGGCAAGACUUGGCUCGGCGCUGAGGAGAGCUGCUUCAGGGACCUCGCCCCCUCCCUUUCCCGCUGGAGAAAUUGUCGCUGAUGCAUUAUCCAAGUGGCGGUUGGGAGGAUUUGCAGCAGAAUUUUUGGUUUUCCCUCCCCCUUCUAUAUAUUCUGUUUUUUUUCCUCCCUUUUCUAUUUUCUUUCUUCYCGGGGAGUAAAUUGCUGAUGCAAAGGGGGACUUUAUUCAUUAAUGAUGCAACCGGAUUCGUUUCAGGAUUACGUUGCACGAGUUGAAUUUUGAAUGAAGGAGAAGAGUUUUUUUUUUUUUUUUAAGAAGUGUUGACUCUAGUUCGUUUAAUUAUUAUUUUAUUUAAAUAUACGAUUUAAUUGUAUUAUUCAUUUAAAAUGUAUUAAAUAUAUUUUAUGAUAACUUACCCUCCAAAUAUAUGUAUAUGGGUGUAAUUGAAGACGUUUCAGUUAAGUGAGGUUACUGGUGUAUUGGAUGUUUAAUUCAGCACCGGCAUUGCAUGACAGUUAUUGGAAUAACAAGUGGUUUAUUUCUGAAACCACACCUUUUAAAAUUUAGGUUCAAAUAGUAAAUAGUCAAACUUGUAAUAACAAUUUARAAGCAAAUCAACAGAAAUCGAAGCAAACAUGUCCGGAGAAGUGCGUUUGAGGCAAUUGGAGCAAUUUAUUUUGGAUGGGCCGGCUCAGACCAAUGGGCAGUGCUUCAGCGUGGAGACCUUACUGGAUAUACUCAUCUGCCUUUAUGAUGAAUGCAAUAAUUCUCCAUUGAGAAGAGAGAAGAACAUUCUUGAAUACCUAGAAUGGGCUAAACCAUUUACUUCUAAAGUGAAACAAAUGCGAUUACAUAGAGAAGACUUUGAAAUAUUAAAGGUGAUUGGUCGAGGAGCUUUUGGGGAGGUCGCUGUGGUAAAACUAAAAAAUGCAGAUAAGGUAUUUGCCAUGAAAAUUUUGAAUAAAUGGGAAAUGCUGAAAAGAGCUGAGACAGCAUGUUUUCGUGAAGAACGGGAUGUGUUAGUGAAUGGAGACAAUAAAUGGAUUACAACUUUGCACUAUGCUUUCCAGGAUGACAAUAACUUAUACCUGGUUAUGGAUUAUUAUGUUGGUGGGGAUUUGCUUACUCUGCUCAGCAAAUUUGAAGAUAGAUUGCCUGAAGAUAUGGCUCGAUUUUACUUGGCUGAGAUGGUGAUAGCAAUUGACUCAGUUCAUCAACUACAUUAUGUGCACAGAGACAUCAAACCUGACAAUAUAUUGAUGGAUAUGAAUGGACAUAUUCGGUUAGCAGAUUUUGGUUCUUGUCUGAAGCUGAUGGAAGAUGGAACGGUCCAGUCCUCAGUGGCAGUUGGGACCCCAGAUUACAUUUCUCCUGAAAUCCUUCAAGCAAUGGAAGAUGGAAAAGGCAGAUAUGGACCUGAGUGUGACUGGUGGUCUUUGGGGGUCUGUAUGUAUGAAAUGCUGUAUGGAGAAACACCAUUCUAUGCAGAAUCUCUGGUGGAGACAUAUGGGAAAAUUAUGAAUCACAAAGAGAGAUUUCAGUUUCCAGCCCAAGUGACUGAUGUAUCUGAAAAUGCUAAGGAUCUUAUUCGAAGACUUAUUUGUAGCAGAGAGCAUCGACUUGGUCAAAAUGGAAUAGAAGACUUUAAGAAACAUCCAUUUUUUAGUGGAAUUGAUUGGGAUAAUAUUAGAAACUGUGAAGCACCUUAUAUUCCAGAAGUUAGUAGCCCAACAGAUACAUCGAAUUUUGAUGUAGAUGAUGACUGUUUAAAAAAUUCUGAAACAAUGCCUCCACCAACACAUACUGCAUUUUCUGGUCAUCAUCUGCCAUUUGUUGGUUUUACUUAUACUAGUAGUUGUGUUCUUUCUGAUCGGAGCUGUUUAAGAGUCACAGCUGGUCCCACCUCACUGGAUCUCGAUGUUAAUGUCCAGAGGACUCUUGAUAACAACUUAGCAACAGAAGCUUAUGAGAGAAGAAUUAAGCGUCUUGAACAGGAAAAACUUGAACUUAGUAGAAAGCUUCAAGAGUCAACACAGACCGUCCAAGCUCUACAGUAUUCAACUGUUGAUGGUCCACUAACAGCAAGCAAGGAUUUAGAAAUAAAAACCUUAAAAGAAGAAAUUGAAAAGCUGAGGAAACAAGUAGAAGAGUCGAGUCAUUUGGAGCAGCAACUUGAAGAAGCUAAUUCUGUGAGGCGAGAAUUAGAUGAUGCUUUUAGACAAAUCAAGGCUUAUGAAAAACAAAUCAAAACUUUACAACAAGAAAGGGAAGAGCUAAAUAAGGAACUAGUCCAGGCUAGUGAGCGAUUAAAAAACCAAUCCAAAGAGCUGAAAGACGCACACUGUCAGAGGAAACUGGCCAUGCAGGAAUUUAUGGAGAUCAAUGAGCGGCUAACAGAAUUGCACACCCAAAAACAGAAACUUGCUCGCCAUGUCCGAGAUAAGGAAGAAGAGGUGGACCUGGUGAUGCAAAAAGUUGAAAGCUUAAGGCAAGAGCUGCGCAGAACAGAAAGAGCCAAAAAAGAGCUGGAAGUUCAUACUGACGCUCUAGUUGCUGAAGCAUCUAAAGACAGGAAACUGCGGGAGCAGAGCGAGCACUACUCUAAACAACUGGAGAAUGAAUUGGAAGGACUGAAGCAAAAGCAAAUUAGUUAUUCACCUGGAGUUUGCAGCAUAGAACAUCAGCAAGAGAUAAACAAACUAAAGACUGAUUUAGAAAAGAAAAGUAUCUUUUAUGAAGAAGAAUUAUCUAAAAGAGAAGGAAUACAUGCAAAUGAGAUUAAAAAUCUGAAGAAAGAACUGCAUGAUUCAGAAGGCCAGCAACUUGCUCUCAACAAAGAAAUUAUGGUUUUAAAAGACAAACUGGAAAAAACCAGGAGAGAAAGUCAAAGUGAGAGAGAAGAAUUUGAAAAUGAGUUUAAACAACAGUAUGAACGAGAAAAAGUGUUACUAACUGAAGAAAAUAAAAAGUUGACAAGUGAACUUGAUAAGCUUACUACUUUGUAUGAGAAUUUAAGUAUGCGCAACCAACAGUUAGAAGAAGAGGUGAAAGAUAUAGCAGACAAGAAAGAAUCAGUUGCACAUUGGGAAGCCCAAAUCACGGAAAUAAUUCAGUGGGUCAGUGAUGAAAAGGAUGCCCGAGGCUAUCUUCAGGCCUUAGCUUCUAAAAUGACUGAAGAAUUGGAAGCAUUAAGAAGUGCCAGCUUGGGUACACGAGCAACUGAUAUGCCCUGGAAAAUGCGUCGUUUUGCAAAACUGGAUAUGUCAGCUAGACUGGAAUUGCAGUCAGCUCUGGAUGCAGAAAUAAGAGCCAAACAGGCCAUCCAAGAAGAGCUGAAUAAAGUUAAAGCAGCUAACAUCAUAACAGAAUGUAAACUAAAAGAUUCAGAGAAGAAGAACUUGGAACUCCUAUCAGAAAUCGAACAACUGAUAAAGGACACUGAAGAGCUUAGAUCUGAAAAGGGUAUAGAGCACCAAGACUCACAGCAUUCUUUCUUGGCAUUUUUGAAUACGCCUACCGAUGCUCUGGAUCAAUUUGAAAUUGCAGACAGUGCUCCACUUCCAGUUCACACACCAACCUUAAGGAAAAAGGGAUGCCCUGGUUCAACUGGUUUUCCACCUAAGCGCAAGACUCACCAGUUUUUUGUAAAAUCAUUCACUAUUCCUACUAAAUGUCAUCAGUGUACCUCUUUGAUGGUGGGUUUGAUAAGACAGGGUUGCUCAUGUGAAGUGUGUGGAUUCUCAUGUCAUAUAACUUGUGUAAAUAAGGCUCCAACUGCUUGUCCAGUUCCCCCUGAGCAGACAAAAGGUCCCCUGGGUAUUGAUCCACAGAAAGGAAUAGGAACAGCAUAUGAAGGUCAUGUCAGGAUCCCUAAGCCAGCUGGAGUGAAGAAAGGAUGGCAGAGAGCACUUGCUGUGGUUUGUGACUUCAAACUUUUUCUGUACGAUAUUGCUGAAGGAAAAGCAUCUCAGCCCAGUGUUGUCAUUGGUCAAGUAAUUGACAUGAGAGAUGAAGAAUUUUCUGUGAGUUCAGUCUUGGCCUCUGAUGUUAUUCAUGCAAGUCGAAAAGAUAUACCCUGUAUAUUUAGAGUCACAGCUUCCCAGCUGUCAGCAUCCAAUAACAAGUGUUCAAUCCUGAUGCUAGCAGAUAGUGAGAAUGAGAAGAGUAAGUGGGUGGGAGUGCUGAGUGAAUUGCACAAGAUACUGAAGAAAAACAAAUUCAGAGACCGCUCAGUCUAUGUUCCCAAAGAGGCUUAUGAUAGCACUCUACCCCUCAUUAAAACAACCCAGGCAGCUGCAAUCAUAGAUCACGAAAGAAUAGCUUUAGGAAAUGAAGAAGGGUUAUUUGUUGUUCAUGUCACCAAAGAUGAAAUUAUCAGAGUUGGUGACAAUAAGAAGGUUCAUCAGAUUGAACUUAUUCCAAAUGAUCAGCUUGUUGCUGUGAUCUCAGGACGAAAUCGUCACGUACGACUUUUUCCUAUGUCAGCUUUGGACGGGCGAGAGACAGAUUUUUACAAGUUGGCAGAAACUAAGGGGUGUCAAACUAUAACUUCUGGAAAGAUGCGCCAUGGAGCUCUUACAUGCCUGUGUGUGGCUAUGAAAAGGCAGGUUCUCUGUUAUGAACUAUUUCAGAGCAAGACCCGUCACAGAAAAUUUAAAGAAAUUCAAGUCCCAUAUAAUGUCCAGUGGAUGGCAAUCUUCAGCGAACAGCUCUGUGUGGGAUUCCAGUCAGGAUUUCUAAAAUACCCCUUGAAUGGAGAAGGAAAUCCAUACAGUAUGCUCCAUUCAAAUGACCACACACUAUCAUUUAUUGCACAUCAACCAAUGGAUGCUAUCUGCGCAGUUGAGAUCUCCAGUAAAGAAUACCUGCUGUGUUUUAACAGCAUUGGGAUAUACACUGACUGCCAGGGCCGAAGAUCUAGACAACAGGAAUUGAUGUGGCCAGCAAAUCCUUCCUCUUGUUGUUACAAUGCACCAUAUCUCUCAGUGUAUAGUGAAAAUGCAGUUGAUAUCUUUGAUGUGAAUUCCAUGGAAUGGAUUCAGACUCUUCCUCUCAAAAAGGUUCGACCUUUAAACAGUGAAGGAUCUUUAAAUCUUUUAGGAUUGGAGACAGUUAGAUUGAUAUAUUUCAAAAAUAAGAUGGCAGAAGGGGAUGAACUGGUGGUUCCUGAAACAUCAGAUAAUAGUCGGAAACAAAUGGUUAGAAAUAUCAACAACAAACGACGUUACUCCUUCAGAGUCCCAGAAGAAGAAAGGAUGCAACAGAGGAGGGAGAUGCUGCGGGAUCCAGAGAUGAGAAAUAAAUUAAUUUCUAACCCAACUAAUUUUAACCACAUAGCCCACAUGGGACCUGGAGAUGGAAUACAGAUUCUAAAAGACCUACCUAUGAACCCUCGUCCUCAGGAAAGCCGAACAGUAUUCAGUGGCUCAGUCAGUAUUCCAUCAAUCACCAAAUCCCGCCCUGAGCCAGGUCGGUCCAUGAGUGCUAGCAGCGGCCUGUCAGCAAGGUCAUCUGCACAGAAUGGCAGCGCAUUGAAGAGGGAAUUCUCUGGAGGAAGCUACAAUUCAAAGCGGCAGCCCAUGCCUUCCCCGUCAGAGGGCUCUUUGUCUUCUGGAGGUAUGGACCAAGGAAGCGAUGCCCCAGCAAGGGAUUAUGACGGAGAGGACUCUGAUUCUCCAAGGCAUUCCACAGCUUCCAACAGUUCCAACCUGAGCAGCCCCCCAAGCCCAGUUUCACCCCGAAAGACCAAGAGCCUCUCUCUGGAGAGCACCGACCGUGGGAGCUGGGACCCGUGAGCCCAGGGUGGCCCUCACCCCAGCACCCCCUACUGCCUCUUCCCUCACUUGCAUCUCCUCCCUCCACCUCAGCCUGGAAUCCACCAGGAGCUGGCAGCAGUAGCAGGGUAGGGACUCAGCAGUUCUGAAGACACACCUGGCAGAUCAUGCUCCCUUACCUAACAGCCACAACAGGCAGGCUUCAGCAAGCAGCUGAGGUCAAUGUCGAUUCAUUCCGUACACUUAGAGUUGCUUUCAGUAACAUUUCACCCCUUCCCAAAAGGUAGCUGCAGUAGACUACACAAAUAUAAGUGAUAAGAGUAAGAUUAGACAGAUCUCAUUUUCACAAUAGCUCCUCAAAGUAGCCUCAGAUAGUACAUGGGAUUCUGCACGCCGGAGGGACAGUGUCCUUGGAAAGGUUGCUGAGCAAGCCAGUGUCAGUCCAGUUGUUGCCAGGAAAUCCUCACAGAUUAAAACAAUGCAUAUUUUACUACAAUACAGAGUUUAAAUAAAUACAUAAAUGUAGAAGUUAAAUACUGAAUGUACAUAGUCAAAAGAAGCAUCUUGUAUUCAAUGAAAGAUGGAUGCAUAUAUGAGAGAAAGAGAUCAUUUAAUUUAAAGCAAUGUGUUGUUUUUUGUCUGUUUCCCAGCUAAGUCAAGUACAGGGUAGAAAGGCCUCAAGCUGACAUUUGUGGAGGGAGAGUGGGAGAAAUCCCCAUCCUUGUGGUGCCCUGUCCUCAGGAGACUCUGGCUUUGUUGGUUUAUAGUAGAACCUGGACACCAGUGUUUUAACAUUUAAAGCCACUCAGUUUCAAAAAAAAAAAAAAAACACUCACCUCUACCCAAAACACUUCUUUUUCUAGCAAUAGUGUGAACCACACUUCUCACUUCUUACUACUAUAUUUUGCUAUCUGCUGCAGAUGAAUGUAGUAAUAUGAUUCUGUUACCAUGUGAUUCCUUCCAUCUGGACGGGCACAGGAAUUUCAUGGGUUUUGAAAGUCCAUAAAAAGUUCAUAGAAGUGCUGUGUUUCUGGGCAAAUCCAGUUCCCCCUAUAAGGGUAUGGUGAGGUGGUCUGGCCCAGGUAUGGAAAUGGCUUUCGAAGGAGGAGACUUGUUGAGGGUGGGUAACAGAGUCCUGGGAAAAAAGACUUACAGAUAAUAUGAAACCUCAAAAGCAAGGACUUGCUCAACCUCAACCAAAUACUCUUUCUCCUGUGUAGGCAAGAAUGAGUGAGGAAGCCAGUAUACAGGCAGGAAGCUGGCCCCGCAGGCCUUUCCACUGAAUUCUCCCUCAGUUGCUAUGUUAUUUUGUUACAUUUCUUUUUGAAUUCCUGCUGUUGUACUUGCCACUAGGAAAUGAAAUGAAGAACCAGAAGAAUUUAGUUCUACACAGUAAUUUCACCACUUAAGUAUAUGAGUAGAGAAAGAGAUAAAAAUAAAAAUAGCUCAUGGAAGCAAAGAAAAUCUGCCUCACUUUUACUUUUCACACAGGUUUCUGGGAGAAAUAGAAACAAUUUUCUCCUCCCUAUAAAAUUCAGCUAAAAUGAAGAAAAUUCUACAGUUGCCACUUGGGGGUGCCGUGGCCAUCUCAGCACAGGUACCUGGCACUUUUCAUCAGCAGAACCUGGGCCAACCUGCCACAGCCUGCUGCCCAGGCCGUGCUGUUUCUACGUGCACACUACUUUAUGGAGAAAGGGCUACUGAUAUUAAAUGAAAGAAGGGAUCCUUUGGGGGAAUUAGAUUGAAGUGCUUAAAACAAUUGCUUUGAUACUGAAACGUUCUAAAUUUGCUGCUGGCUCAGGUCUGAUUAUAUUUUAUUUUGAAUGGGCAUAAAUCACUGCUUUAGUUCUAAUCUUCCAAAUAUUUUUGCUUUUGGAAAAAGAAGUAUCUCAAGAAUGCUUCUGUUCAUCUAAUUAUCAAGGGUCAGACCCCAAAUGUGGUCAUUGCCAUUAUGUACUACUCUGGUAGCUGCUUAAACUUGACACUUUGCAUGAAAAGGAAUCAACUAGCCAGCCAAUUAUGACCACCAGCCCCCCACCUCUUCUCAUCCUCACUAAACAAUUAGUUUGUAGCUUUGACAACUAAUUAUGAGUUUUUGUUGCCUAUAUGUGCUUAUUUUUCAAAGGAUGCUUUUAGAAUCAAAACCUACCUGAACUUUAGGUUCCACUACCAUCAGUCCUACUACUCCUUAGCCUCCCAGCAGGGCAAAUGAGUAAGUGAGUGCCCUCAAAGACAAGCUCAUCUCAGCUGCCAGACUGAUGGGUAGCUGAUUCAUGGUAACCAGUGGCUUGCACCACAGCGCUGUGAAUUUCCCACUGUAAUCAUAAAUUGUCUCGAACCAUGAGAGAGGAGUCCCAAAUAUGCUUAGACUCAAAAGUCAGGACUUUGAGUGGAGUGGUUCUUUGCCAGGGGAGUAGUAGUUUUGGAGGAGAUUUUCCCAAGAUAAUGAUCAUCCUGGUAUGCUUAUCCCACCCUUAAAUAUGAAGCUUCUGAGAAGAAUGAUCUGAAAAGACCAGAAACAGGCUCCAGGAAAUGAAAAACAAAGAUCAUUCAGAGGUAUCCAUUAACAAAGAUCACAGGAAAGGUAUUUUGUUGCUAUCUGAAAUCGUCCUUUUUUUCAUGCAGGACAAUCUUAGAAAUGUGUAUGGCAACAAAUUAAUUUCUCCAUAAAAAACAAUGCAUUCAGAGGCAUUUCUGCAUAGUGUCUACAUGUUGGUGUUUGGUGCUACCCAUGUCCAGCCAGUGUGUUACUUAUCCUUAAGUUCUGGAAAAUCUUGUCCUGUGCUUUUUGGGUGUGCAAAAUUUUACAUAUACAUAUAUAUUUCUUUUGCCAAAAACAAAAGCCUUGCUCGUGAAAUGAUUGCUAAACCAGAUUUCACUUCUUUCAUAAUUAAAAUACACACACACACACGUAUACCUAUUACACCUACACUUAUCGACUUACAUUCUUUCCCAGGGAGCACAACUUUAAGGCUGUGAGAUACAACUAAAAAGGGCCCAUCUAUUUGAUUUUCCAGCCAAUUCUUGUAUCCAGGCUUCAGGGGAGAAUAUGAAAUUCCUGUUAUGUUUACAGCAACAAUCUCGUUCCCCACUGACUCUCAGCCUCCCUCUCCUUCCAUAUGAUUAGCAUCAUKUUAUGUUAUUUAGUGGCCACAUCUAUUUCUAAGAAAGAGCAAUUGGUUCGUUUGGAAUCUCAGGUAUCAUUAAGGAAAUGCCAGAGUGGGGGUGGACAGAUGACCGAACACCCAGGACCAUUCGCCAGCCUUGGCAGUGACCACAUACUAGUCUCCCAAUUCAGUGGGCCUGGCAGAGGCCACCACCCACUCCAGACAGAGAGACACUCGGAGCAGCCUGACGCUCCUGCUGUAAGUCACGCUUUGCUAUAGCCCAAGUCCAUUGGGCACAACAGGGAAUUAAUUGAGCACUUCCUUCCUCACCUUUCCCAAGCCCAGCCCCUGAAUUAGAUAAGCUUCAUGGCAUUUCAUUGAAAGCCUCUUUCCUUGUUAUGACCUUCAUUGUUCCUCAAAUCCAGAGUUCUUUGUUGAGUCCUGCUGGAUAAGGAGGGCCCUGCUUCAGGGGAGCACUGUCUUCCGCCAGCACCAGCAGCAGGCCAACUGCUUCUCUACCACCCCAAGGACGACCAUUACACAAGAGGCCACCACUGCAUUUGCAGAGCGGACUGACCACCACGAAUCAACCUUGAUGUCUCAUGAAAGCAAAAUGACCUGCCUUUUUAUUUGAUAGGAUAAUAUCAUUUAUUUUAUAAAGUUUUAGGGUUUUUUUCCUCAUUGUAAUAUUAUUGUACAGUUUUGCAUGGCCUAGGUGUAAUCAUUUUUGUUUAGAAUAUAAUGCUGACUGAUAUGUGUGUAUGGAAGGGGAAAAGAUAUUGCUUUCACCUCUUAUCACUUCUUUUGUUUGUUUUUAUGCCCCCAAUGUCUUAGGGAACUUUAUAAGAGAUUAUCUGCUACCAAACAAUGAUGUGGGUUCUUUUGCACAGAAAUAUUUAAGGUGGGAUAGUCAAAAAUGUUAACAAAAGACUUCUCACGAAUAUUUUAUGUUGGUAUCACUUAAUAUUAACCAGACUUUGAUGUACUGCAAUAAAA